AUGGAGGAACUUCAAAAGGUUGGACUGUUUAUAGAUGACAUCUACAGACUGCGCGUUGAAAACCCUAGCCUUGUCGGUGACAAAAUAAAGUUCAAGCAAGAAUGCUUACAAUACUCCAAAAACUUUAACAUUUUCAAGAAGUUAGCUUUUGAUUUUUGGAAAAUAUACAAGACCUUUGUAAAAGAUGUCGAUAAGGAAAAACUGCUCUGUAUUGGUAGUCAAAAUCAGCUAAAAACCAUUUCUAAUGUGCGCCAGAGAAAGCAGCAAGUCGAUCAAUACGAGACUUUUGAGAAAACUGUGGAACUGGAACGUUUAAAGACCGAACUGCAGUAUUUGAGGCGAAUCGAGACAGUGCAAAACGAAAUAAUAAACAAUUUCUUUAUGAAUCAUUAA